AUCAGCUGAUCCUCAAAAUGUUAAAACCUCUUCAGAUUUCAUAAGAACAUCUAAGAACCCGUUUGGACCAGUUUGUCGUCUUUGCUGUCUCACAGCGCCGACCUUCUGGUCCAGACUGGUCAGAGCAGCGCUAGAUCCCAGAACCAAAAGUACUUGUAAGAACUGGUCCCACAAAGAAGGACAACUGGUGUGGGCGGAGCCUCUUAGUGAUGUCAUUGUUGCUCUCUUUCUCUUCUGCUCAGAUCUGAAACAUGUACCUGGAGAACAAGACUCACCUGGACAUGGACAUGUCUCAGACCUCCUCAGUCCACCAGACACGCAGCAGCCUGAGGUCAUCAGAGGUCGUGGCGGGGAACUUUGGUGAACUGCGUCUGCUGCAGGACAUCAGCGACAGGAAGGAGAGUCAGAAGCUGCAGCAGGCCUGUGUCCUCCACAACGACUCCUUUGGUCCUGUGUGUCAGGAGGACAGCUUCACUUCGGUCAGUUUUCUGAGAGGAAAAUCGAAUUCUGCCAACCUGACGGAGCGCUCGCCUCUGCUGCGAUUCUCUCAGGACGACAGUAUCACCUACAUGACCUUACAUAACUCAGAGGAACCGUGGGACAACGGCUUCCUGGACGUGGAGAGACGGUACCGAUUAGGCAGUGAGGUCACCAGUCUGUCCUUGUCUCGCUCUGGUUCCUCAGAGAAGAACGAGUCUCUGGAACUGAAUCUGAACUUCAGACUCACCAGCAGCCUCAGAUGUUGCUUCAAAAUCUCCAAAAUCACCACCAUCUUCACGGUGGUCUUUCUGUGCAGUCUCUUCUUCAGUAUGUAUCCAGACAGAGAAAAACCCUGGAGGAUGUUUGCAGUUUCCUCCACAGACACUUUUAUCAUGAACCUAACGGACUUCAGGGACAACGCUCUGUUGAAGCUCCAGGUGGGGGGGCCGUUUAGCAGUGGGAUGAUGAUGGACAUCAACAGUCAACAGGAGUUUGUCCUGAUCCAGGUGGAACAGACGGAGGAGGCGGGGCCAAGGCGUCGCAGGUCGCAGCAGGUUCUUUAUAACUGGACUCUUCCUGUGAACAGUGAACGCAGUGAGCAGAUGUUGGAGACCAGAACCUUUGAGAUGAUCAGCAGUGAGCCCGUGGUCAUCACUGUCCAGGCUUUCCUGCGGGACAACGACGUAGUUCCUCUGUCCAUGACGCACCAGUCGCUCUACGUGCGUGUGGAGACGCAGGUGGCCAUGGCGGGAGUCAUACUGGCGGGAGUUUACGUCCUGAUCAUCUUUGAGAUCGUCCACCGUACCUUGGCGGCCAUGUUGGGAUCAUUAGCUGCUCUCUGUGCCCUGGCCAUCAUCGGUGAUAGACCCAGUCUGGUCACGGUGGUGGAGUGGAUCGACUUUGAGACUUUAGCUCUUCUCUUUGGAAUGAUGAUCCUGGUGGCCGUCUUUUCAGAGACUGGAUUUUUUGACUAUUGUGCUGUGAAGGCCUACCACCUGUCCCGGGGCAGAGUCUGGCCCAUGAUCAUCAUCCUGUGUCUGAUCGCUGCUCUUCUCUCAGCGUUUCUGGACAACGUCACCACCAUGAUGCUGUUCACACCUGUCACCAUCAGGUUGUGUGAGGUUCUGAACCUGGAUCCUCGUCACGUCCUCAUCGCUGAGGUCAUCUUCACCAACAUCGGAGGAGCAGCUACAGCCGUAGGAGAUCCUCCCAACGUCAUCAUCGUCUCCAACCAGGCGCUACGCAGACAGGGAAUCGACUUUGCUUCGUUCACAGGCUACAUGUUCCUGGGGAUCUCCCUGGUUCUCCUCUGCUCCUUCCCAUUGUUACGGUUGAUCUACUGGAACAAGAAGCUCUACAACAAGGAGUCCAUUGAAAUCGUCGAACUCCAACAUGAGAUCCUGGUCUGGAGACAGACGGCCCAGCGUAUCAAUCCUGCCAGCAGAGAGGAGACCGCAGUCAAAUGUCUGUUGAUGCAGAAGGUUCUGAACCUGGAGAACCUGCUGAGGAAGAUGAUGAGAACAUUCCAGAGAGAAAUCUCUCAGGAGGACAAGAACUGGGAGCAGAACAUCCAGGAGUUACAGAAGAAGCACAGAAUCACUGACAAAGUUCUCCUGGUCAAGUGCAUCUCCGUCCUGGUUCUGGUCAUCGUCAUGUUCUUCCUCAACUCCUUUGUUCCCGGCAUCCAUCUGGACCUGGGUUGGAUCGCGGUCCUCGGAGCCCUGUGGCUCCUGGUCCUGGCCGACAUCCAGGACUUUGAGAUGAUCCUCCACAGGGUGGAGUGGGCCACACUGCUGUUCUUUGCUGCGCUCUUUGUGUUGAUGGAGGUAAUGAGCAACACCUUCUUUAUAUUUAUGACCUCCCCACCAGCAGGGGGCAUGGCAGUGAAUAGAACCCUAACCUGCUGGUUCUUCUUCCAGGCCCUGGCUCAGCUGCAGCUCAUCGACUACAUCGGAGAACAAACGGCUCUUCUCAUCAAAGCGGUUCCAGAAGACCAGCGCUUGGCCAUAGCCAUCAUCCUGGUGAUGUGGGUCUCAGCUCUGGCGUCUUCACUCAUUGACAACAUCCCCUUCACGGCCACCAUGAUCCCAGUCCUGAUCAACCUGAGUCAGGACGUAGACGUGGAUCUUCCCCUCAAACCUCUGAUCUUUGCUCUGGCCAUGGGCGCCUGUCUUGGAGGAAAUGGAACUCUGAUCGGAGCCUCGGCCAACGUGGUCUGUGCUGGAAUUGCUGAGCAGCACGGCUACGGCUUUAGCUUCAUGCAGUUCUUCAGGUUGGGAUUCCCUAUGAUGAUCAUGACCUGUGUGAUUGGCAUGUGUUACCUGUUGGCCACACACGUCGGCCUGGGCUGGAACAUGUGACCACACCAAAAACAUGUUCUCUGUGUGUGUGUGUGUGUGUGUACAGUGUGUGUGUGUACAUGAUCACAUGACUUAUGGGAGUAGCAGGCUCCGCCCACUGUUCUGACCCUGGUUCUCCAGGCACAAGUUAAAGAAGUUCUUCAAACUGGAACAGACUGGCGCCACCGUGUGGUGGAUGAAGGCGUCCGUUCUUUUUGUAUUGAAUUGUGUUCAGAUGACUUGAUUAAAGGUUCAUUCUGUAAGAUUUCCUGUAACAGACCGAAAAACAAAAGGAAUAAAAUUG